AUGGCAUCCGUGCUAGUACCAUCAAACACUGGCACUGCGCUGGGAGGUCUGGAAGGAACGCCUAGAGGCACUCAAACACACAUCGGGCCUUUUGAUACCUAUGUUGCCCAGCCGCCCGUUCAGAAGGGGCCCGCUCCAGCAGUUGUCGUCUUUUACGAUCAGUUCGGCUUUAAGAUCCCAAACGCAAGGCUCAUAUCUGACAUGCUCGCCGAGAAGACUGGCUUGACCGUCUACUGCCCUGAUAUAUUCGCCGGCGAUGGCGUGUCUCCCGAUGGUCACAGUGUCGUCGCUGUCGAUUCGGAGAGCCACCAUAGUCUCAUCGAAAAGCUUUCUGAGGGCUUCCACCAUCACCCCAAGGCACACGCCAGCCUGAUAACCGACUUUUUGACCGUGUUAAAGCAUGAACAUGGCCGACUGGCUGCGAUCGGGUAUGGCUGUGGUGGAAAGCAUGCCGUGCACUUUAUCAGCAGCGGAGUGGCUCAGCUCAAGGCUUCCGUCGUAUGCCACCCCUCUCACGUCUCCUUCGAUGAUAUCUCUCAGAUCGAAGAACCUGUCUCAUUCGUUUGUGCCGAGCACGAUCAUGCAUUCGACAAGGCUACACGAGAGAAUGCAGAACAAUUCCUCGUCGUCGAUCAGCACAAGGAUCAUCCGGGCGGCUUCAGUCCUGGGGUCACAUCUGCAUCCCCCCAAGAUGGGCGCCCAGCGGUAAGGCUCAGCAAGGACUUCGAGGCGCAGUUUGUGGUGUACCCUGGCACUGUGCACGGCUUCGCGAUCCGGCCGGACCUAAGCAAUCCCGAGACGCGCAAAGCAUUCGAAGGCGCAUUAGAUCAGAGCGUUGCAUUCCUGAAGAAGCAUCUUCAGGUCUGA